AUGAAGCUGUUCGCGAUCUGCGACAUCGAGGGGUAUUGUUUCGUCAGCAGCGUAGACGGUGGAAUGAACGGGGACCCGAAGCUGAGGGUUUGGUUCGACUGCCCACUGGGGCGGACCACUCGCCACGUCCUACAUGUCCUACUCGGCGCCUGCAAGAAGUUCGGUGACAAGAUCGACGGCUCUGGCGUGUACAUCGCAAUGGACAACUACUUCACAAGCCCGACCCUAUUCGAGUGUCUCGCGAGCCACGACAUCUUCGCGGUGGGUACGUGCCGGUCAAACCGAACGGGUGGUGCCGUGCCUUACUUGCAGAGCCUCGAUCGCCGCCCCGUCGAAAGGGGAGAGAUGCACUUUGCCCGCGCCGGCAAUGUCGCAUUCGUGCAGUGGCUAGACUCGAAGGAAAUCAUUCUGUGCAGCUCCAUCCACAUCGCCCAACCUCACGCCGCCAUCGGGGAGCCCAAGAAGGAGGACAGCGACGGCGGCGAUGACCACUUCGCACCUCUACCGUACAGGUGCUUCGUCUGUCCCCUACCAUCCCGUCCCCAUCCGUUCAUGUUCAGUCUGCGCAAAGCUGGUCAGGCUGGGAAAGGCUUGGAGCUACAGCAGCCGUGGAUGCGCAAGGAUUAUGUUGCCAACAUGGGGGGAGUAGACACGGCUGACCAGCAGAAUGGGUCCCACACCCAUGACCACAAGUCGUACACGAACCACUGGCGACGAGUGAUGGAGGGCAAGUUUGAGCAGACGUUCACCAACAUUUUUGUGAUGUUCAAAAAGUACGUGUCCCUCUUGGAGGAUGAGGCCAACAAGAGGAUCAAGGGAGGAGGCCUAGAGCUUGAGGUGGUGGAGAAGUUGGAUAGGGUGUUGGUCGAACUGGGCAGGUUGGCCAAGAUGGAGAGGGCGGUCUGGGACGAAAUGUUGUCGACGGAGCUCAUGGCGAGGUGCAAUGUUGGUAGACCGAACAAGGGGGGGAGACCGGCGGCGGUGACGGGUGCCCCGGACAAAGUGUGGGGGAGCAUUUCGGUGAAGACUCAACGCAAAUGCAUGCACCCCGGAUGCAAGAGUAAGACAUCGAAAGGAUGUGCCUGCGCGGAGCUUUGUGUUGGCAAACAGGCAGGGGACCGGGGUGUCUUGAUGUGUCAGGCAUGCUUCAAAAACCCUGUGAGGCACGCUAGGGCUGGAGAUGCUCAACGGAACCCCCAGAAGUACGGGGUGGUGGGACGCAAGGAUCUCGUCUGGUGGUCGUGAGCGCAUAUUUUUUUGGCCUAACGUUUUACGUUGAAUGUGACAUGUGUUCCUGGCGGAGGAGACGCGGAUGUGUUUCGAGGGUGCUCCGUUGUGAUUUGCCUGGGGGUCAAACUGAUCCUACAAGUGCAUGGUAGUGUCGUUCAUCAACCAUCUUCCCUUCCGCGAGGGAUUUAUUGUGCCUUUAUCGUCCAUUGUGUUUUCUUGAAUACAACGGUGGACGAGUGAUGGUUAUUGUGCCUUCGUCGUUUACUUGUGUGGCUGAUAACAGCAGUGGUAUAGCUUUUUAAAAUUUUAUUAGAUCUUGUCUCAGAUUUUUCUAUAAGUUCAGAACGUAUUAUUAUUUUCCGGCUCGAACGCAGCAUUCAUUCAAAUACGCUCAGAAACAAUAGCUUUAUCGGCUGCGAGUCUUAAAUUCAGGUAAUCUUUUUCAUAAUUUUUUUCCGCUGAAAUAAGCUCACAUCAUACACCCUCAAAUACCACGACAGAACGGCGUCCGAAAUGGCCGCUGGCACGGGUUCAUCGCCCGGCCACACCGCGCGGCACGCCUGCGUGAAGCAGUCACUCCUCGUGAUCUGCACACACGACCCCUUGCAUUCAUCUGAAUGCUCGUGUCGAACG